AUGUCGGCUGUGCAGAUUUUGGCUUUCCUCAGUGGAUUGGCGGGACUGGGCGCCAUUAUUGGUGCCACGGCGUCCAAUGAAUGGAGGGUAACCAGCCGGGCAUCUUCAGUCAUCACAGCCACCUGGGUGCUCCAGGGUCUGUGGAACAACUGUGCCGGGAAUGCUAUUGGAGCCGUGCACUGCAGGCCACAUCACACGAUCCUGAACCUGGAAGGUUACAUCCAAGCUUGCCGAGGACUGAUGAUCUCAGCUGUUUGUCUGGGGUUUUUUGGCUCCAUAUUUGCCCUGGUGGGGAUGAAAUGCACUAAAAUUGGAGGAUCUGAUAAAAGCAAAGCCAGGAUUGCUUGUUCCGCAGGUGUAUUCUUCAUUCUCAGUGGCCUCUGCUCACUCUCAGCAUGCUCUAUCUAUGCACAACGGAUCACAUCAGAGUUUUUUGACCCAAUGUUUGUGGCUCAAAAGUAUGAGCUGGGAGCUGCUCUCUUCAUUGGCUGGGCGGGUUCAGUCCUCUGUGUUGUGGGAGGCGUCAUGUUCUGCUUCUCCAUAGCAAGCAAUUUCAGCAAAAGCCACAGUCAUUCAGACUACGUCUAUAAGGGUGCUGCCUUACAUUCCCACGUGUCUUCGAAUCCACGGGGGCAGGUGAAGUCCAUAAACCAGAGGCCUCCCCCACAAUACAGUGUCUCCUCCAGGGUGCAAAACUUUGACAAAAAUGUAUAUGUGUGA